AUGUUGGCUGUCCACAGUAUGAAAUUUGGCAUCUUCCUUUUGUGGUGGGGUUGGGUUUUGGCCACUGAAAGCAGAGUGCACUGGCCAGGAAGAGAAGUACACGAGAUGUCUAAGAAAGGCAGUAGGCCUCAAAGACAGAGACGAGAAGCACACGAAGAUGCCCACAAGCAAGGCAGCCCAAUUCUGAAGCGGAGCCCUGACAUCACCAAAUCGCCGCUGACGAAGUCAGAGCAGCUGCUGAGGAUAGACGACCAUGACUUCAGCAUGAGGCCUGGCUUUGGAGGCCCAGCCAUUCCUGUUGGUGUGGAUGUACAGGUGGAGAGCUUGGACAGCAUCUCUGAGGUCGACAUGGACUUCACCAUGACUCUGUACCUGAGGCACUACUGGAAGGAUGAGAGGCUGUCUUUUCCAAGCACCAACAACCUCAGCAUGACAUUCGAUGGCCGCCUGGUAAAGAAGAUCUGGGUUCCCGACAUGUUCUUCGUGCACUCCAAGCGCUCCUUCAUCCACGACACCACCACCGACAAUGUCAUGCUGCGCGUCCAGCCUGACGGGAAGGUGCUGUACAGCCUCAGGGUCACAGUGACUGCGAUGUGCAACAUGGACUUCAGCCGAUUUCCCCUGGACACACAAACGUGCUCACUUGAGAUUGAAAGCUAUGCCUAUACAGAAGAUGACCUCAUGCUGUACUGGAAAAAAGGCAAUGACUCCUUAAAGACAGAUGAGCGGAUUUCACUCUCCCAGUUCCUCAUUCAGGAAUUCCACACCACCACUAAACUGGCUUUCUACAGCAGCACAGGCUGGUACAAUCGCCUGUACAUUAAUUUCACUUUGCGUCGCCACAUCUUCUUCUUCUUGCUCCAAACCUAUUUUCCUGCCACCCUGAUGGUCAUGCUGUCCUGGGUAUCCUUCUGGAUCGACCGCAGAGCCGUGCCUGCCAGAGUGCCCUUAGGCAUCACGACGGUGCUGACCAUGUCCACCAUCAUCACGGGCGUGAACGCCUCUAUGCCCCGUGUGUCCUACAUCAAGGCCGUGGACAUCUACCUCUGGGUGAGCUUCGUGUUCGUGUUCCUCUCGGUGCUGGAGUAUGCGGCCGUCAACUACCUGACCACCGUGCAGGAGCGGAAGGAGCGGAAGCUGCGGGAGAAGCUGCCCUGCACUUGUGGGCUUCCUCAGCCCCGCGCGGUGAUGCUUGAUGGGAGCUACAGUGAUGGUGAAGUGAACGACCUGGGUAACUACAUGCCAGAUAACGGGGAGAAGCCCGACAGGAUGAUGGUGCAGUUGACCCUGGCCUCAGAGAGGAGCUCCCCCCAGAGGAAGAGUCAGAGAAGCAGCUAUGUGAGCAUGAGGAUCAACACACAUGCCAUUGAUAAAUACUCCAGGAUCAUUUUUCCAGCAGCGUACAUUUUAUUCAAUUUAAUAUACUGGUCUAUUUUUUCAUAGAUGCUUCUAAUCCAGUAAAUCCCACUUUUUCAUGGUAUGUACUGCAGAAAUACAGUAUGAUGAAAAUAAUUUAAAGAUUUUUUUUCUAAAAUCAUUCCCACCAAUGUCUUUGCUAUCUCUUCUCCAGCUUUCCAAAACUAUACUGAUAAGACGCCUGCGCUAAGCAUCUGUUGUAUACAUAGCAUUAUAUGAAGUGCUACAGCAAUUUGACACCACAGCAGCUGAUGCGGUUACGCAGAGCUUCCAAAAAAGCUCAGUAGCAGUGUUGUGGGCACACUAGUUCAACCUCUUUUAGAUCCUAGAUGCUUAUUCACAUGAAUGAUUUCCUUCAUAUGAGUGUCAUCAUAUUCUUUGAACUUUGGAAUUGAAUGAAUGAUUUCCUUCAUAUGAGUGUCACCAUAUUCUUUGAACUAGUUGGAAUUGGGAAGCACCUAAUGUUCAUUUGCAUGGAACCUACAAGCACUAAAUCCCCACUUUAAUAGAAAUUCAGGCUUCAGUUUAUAGUCUAUUACCUAUUUUUAUGCAUCUCUUCAUGUUUCACAAAAGCCAAUCAUAUUCAGCAUAAUUUUUACUUACAGGCUAAAGCCCAUAAGGUUUAACGUCUUAAUGAGAAAAGCCCUUCAGAUUGGUGAAUAGCUUCUGAUUUGGUGGGAUUUUUUGGUAGGGAAACUUAGAAGGUAAAGAUAUAUACAUUCAUUUUUGUUUUGCGAUAGAGAGAAUUACGCUAGAAAACUUGUGUUUGUGUUCCUUUCACAUAAUCACUGUUCCAUGCAUCUCUAGUUUGGAGUAGGUUUUUAUUCUAAAUGAAUGUGGUAUUCUCACUGAGAAAUGGGAAGAGAGUAAUUUCUUCUGUAUAAACAACACUCAAGAAAAUACAUAAUUUGGGACUAUUUGUAAGUCAUAAGAAAUACACAGUUUCUUAAGGAGAAAAAGGACAUCACAAUGCAAAAGACACGGGAAGACAUCACUGGAUGUCUGCGUUUAUAUUCAGUGGGUACCAGCAUUUCCUAUGAACCAGCAAACAGUCAUCAUGUAGAUCAGGCAGCCCCAGUGCCAGGCAGAAGGAUGCCCAGUGGCAACUGCUGUCAGGGCAUGGGAUAAAAGGAGGAUUUUAAUUUAAUGUAUUAUCUUAAAACAGAGCUCUUUAUGCUAUGUCUAUAAACUCUGUAGAUCAACCCUAACCGAAUUUAUCUA